AUGGAGCAGCGACGAUUGAUGGAGAAAUACCUCCUCGAGGACUUCUUGAAUGGAUGGUUCACGAGGAACGAGGAGACCCUGCCGGCAAUCCGGAAACACAAGGAGCAUGCGGUGUUGAACGUGCCAGCAGCUGGAGUGCAGAGUGUAACCAUGUGCGAAGAACACUUUGAUUUUCUUUGCCACUAUUUCGCGACCCUCGGUGCGAAGUUGCCAUUGUUUUCCUGCCACAAGGCUGUGCUGCAGACAUUGGCGAAACGCUAUGCAAUUUUCCCGGCCCAGACUCGCAAGCGCAUUCUCAAAGCUUGGGCAGCAAGCGAAGCGAGUGUGAUGAGAGGCAUGGCGGUCCAUGCUUUGUUGUUGGCACGACGAUCCUCUGGAUCCAAGUCUGCAAAGAUCCGCAUGCUGAAGGAGCUGAUCGCCUCUGCCCUCGGUGCUUCUGAUGUCGAUGCAGCUAUCGAAGCAGAGAUCCAAGCCUCCCUCCAGGAUCCUACUCUCCAGGAUGGGUCAGCCGAUUCGCAAAGCUCUGCUUCCAUUGAUGGUGAAAGAAUGGAUCAGGAUGAUCUGCUGGAGGAGCUGAAGCCGCCAGCCUCCAUCCUGAAAGCUUUCCCUGGCAAUAUCGACAACAUGGAGACGCAGGUGACCUGGUGGGACAUCCCUCCUGUGGAAGGCUGCAAAGCCAUGAUCGUGGAGGACAAGGAGAAUCAGCAGAGGGCCCCUGUGAACCCAGCCCCGGCGAAUCUUACGUUGUCUGAAGACCUUGUGAAGACGCACGACAAGGAUUUGCAGGAAGCCAGGCUUUCGGAAGCUGUGGCAGAACAGCUGGAGGUUCAGAAGGCGGCACGGUUGGCUGCAGCUGCACGCAAAGUUGAAGCCGCAGCAAAGAAGGCUGAUCCCAAAACGGUGGCCAAAGGGUCCAAAGUGAAGACAGGUGCUGUGAAGGGUCGCGGCCGUGGACGUGGCCGUGGUGCGGUCUCGCAAGCCGAGCCACAGCAGGAGGCUGCUGAGGCCUCAGCAGAGGAGGAGGAGGAGGAAGCCGAGAACGCCGAGGACAUCGCCACCACCCCCAAAGCCGAAGCCGCCCCCAAAGCCAAAGCCAAGGCUAAAGGUAAAGCAAAAGCGAAGCCCGCAGCCCAAGCACCGGCCGAGAAUGUCGUGGAGAGUGGAAAAAAAGCGAAGCCGGCAGCCCAAGCGCCGGCCGAGAAUGUCGUGGAGAGUAAGGCAAAAGCGAAGCCCGCAGCCCAAGCGCCGGCCGAGAAUGUCGUGGAGACCGACUGGGACACGAAGGCUACCGAGCUGAAGAAAGCUGGGAUCCCUAUCCCUGAUGGCUUCGAUGGAAGCCACAAAAGCUACACCUUGGCAGCGAAGACGUACAACCCCGCAACCCCGGAUGCCGGGUCUAUCGGUGUGCUGUGGACAAGCAAUACACUUUAUGUGAAUACCGUCGACGACACGUCAGGCUUCCACAAGAACAAAAAGGGUGGCUGCAACAUAUGCCGUUCCAAGUAUGAAAACUCGUGGAAGUCCUGCUGGAAUGCUGCGAGAUUCGCAGCUGGAUGGACAGUGACUUGGCUUGCCGAUUGUUGCAUAUAA